AGUAACAGCAGCAGCAGCAGUGACAUCAGCAUCAUGCCCCGGGGAUUUCUGGUGAAAAGAACCCGCCGGUGUUCGGCCACAUACCGGCAGAGAGGUGACACCGUCACCCGCUCCACCGCCAGGUGUCGGGGUGAGGAUGAAAGGAGCCGCGGGUCCAAGGUGCCACUGCUGGGGGACACGGACCUGUUGACGGUCUUCCACUUGGACCGGACUGACGGACCGGUCCUGGUGACACGGGAAGAGUCCACGGGUGACAGAGAGUCGUGGAGCCCGCGGGCGGAGUCCGCGCUGGAGGCCGAGGCGGACAAACGGGCACAGCUGCCGGAGACGGAGCAGCUGGUGAGCGAGGGGGACGUUGUGACUCCCGACGGUGACUUCUCCCACCUCUUCCCUUCUCCUCCUCCUCCUCCCCCUCCUCCAGACCCGUCAGUGACAGAGUCCCGCAGCCCCGUCAAACCCGUGGGUACGAGGCUGUUGGAGCAGCAGCACCGGGCCGACAAACACCCGCUCUACCCCGGCAGGUGUUUGGCUUCACCCCCGGUGUCAGACCUGCCGUUCUCGGUGAGUUCCAGCCAAACUUCAGCCUCCAUCGAGAGGCUUCUCACGAACAGCAGCAUCCGUCACCUGCCGCCGUCCUACAGCAGCAAACACCCGGGUCUGACCCCGCUGCACCUGUUCCCACCGCUGACACUGAGCAGCCAGGAGAAGCCGGAGAAAAAACGCUUCUUCCUCCACCAGGACCAACGCUUCAACAGCAAACAUUCAACCACCAAGAAAGCUAAAGUCAACCGGAAACUUAGCUUUGAGGACGAGGUCACGACCUCACCGGUUCUGGGUCUGCGGAUCAAAAAGGAGAGUCCGGAUCUAAGAAAGCUCCGGGACAAGUCCUCGGUGUCCGGCGGCACUCAGCCGCUGAGGGAGUUCAUCUGUCAGCUGUGUAAGGAGGAAUACUCCGACCCCUUCUCCCUGGCGCAGCACAAGUGUUCCCGCAUCGUGCGGGUGGAGUACCGCUGUCCCGAGUGCGAGAAGGUCUUCAGCUGCCCCGCGAACCUGGCCUCACACCGCCGCUGGCACAAGCCGAGACCCGUCACCGCCCCGGGAGGUGGAGGUGGAGGUGGAGGGGAGAGCGGGAGGCAAAAGAACCAGGAGAGGUUGGUGCAGCCGCUGGAGGUGGAGGGCAAAGAAAACGACAGAAAUGAACAGCACCACGGAGCCCUGGACAGAGAUCAGCACCACCAGCACCACGGAGCCCUGGACAGCCUGGACAGAGAUCAGCACCACGGAGCCCUGGACAGAGAUCAGCACCACGGAGCCCUGGACAGCGGAAGACCGAGGGAAACAACGCUGCUUCUGCUGAAUGCGCGUUCACGGGACAGAGACGGGGACGGGGACAGCCUCAGCCUCGCGCCACUUCCCCGUUUCUCGUCCGAUCUUUACCGACAUCCGGCGGAGAGCGGCCUGGACCUGCAGCAGCAGCAGCAGCAGCAGCUCAGAGCGGCGGACAGUCCACCGUCCAGCCUCCUGCUGCUCCACGGGAAGACAGAGCUGGAGGAGCGGCAGCACCGACAGCACCGACAGCUGUCCCCUCCGUCGGUGUCGUGUCCGCCGCUGCAGUUCGUCCGCUCCAUGUCAGAGGACGAGGUGUUUGAGUGCCGCUACUGCGGGAAGAAGUUCCGGCGCCACGCGUACCUCAACAAACACAUGGCCGCACACGAGGCCGCGGCGGCGGCGUCGGCCGCGGCGGCGGCUCCCACCGCCCCACCGCACCCCGCCGCACCGUACGGCCAGAGUCACGUGUUCCUCUGUCAACUCUGCGGCUCGCGUUUCCCGUCGGCGGAGAUCAGAGACAAACACCACCUGUGGCACGCCAUGAGGGACGAGCUUUUGGCGGGAAGCGUGUUCAGCGUGCACAGGGAAAAGAGCGGCAGCGAGAGCGAGCAUCAUCAGCAUCAGCAGCAUCAGCAUCAGCAGCAGCAGCAGCAGCAGAUCUUCUCCUGUAAACUCUGCUCCUCCACCUUCUUCAGCUCCCCGGGGCUCAGCCGACACAUCAACAAGUUCCACCCCCCGGAGAACAGACAACUGACGCUGCUGCACAUGACCGUGCGGCCGUAAACUGAGCGGCCACGGGGUCAGUUCAUCAAUGACGUCAGAAACCCGUGUUUACGUCACUUCUCAGUCCAUCGAUACAGUAACUGUCCGUGGUGCUGAAGCCCAGUGACUCCACGUCCACACCUGUAGUGACGUCACAUCCGCUCUAGUUCUAGUUCAGUUUGGCCGAGAGCCUGGCUCAACGAUGACGUCACAUGACCGCAGCGUUAUUUGUGUCACUCACUGUACAAGUAAAAAGAAUGAAACUAAAGCAAAGCAACAUGACUGUAACCACAUGGAGCCACUCAUCUACAGCAGGGGUUUCAACCACCGGGUCGGGGGCCAGCAGUGGGCCGAGUGGUCCCGAGAUGAUUAAGAAUCAGUGUAUGUUUAACGAACACGAUUAUAUUUACAUGAUGUAUCGAGUACAUUACCCAUGAUGCACCUUACUGUGGUUCAUUAUGUGCCCCCCCCC